GGGCGGCAUAACGUAAAGCGACAACAUCAGCAAACCCACGAAGCUUUUCAGUGUGUUAGCGAGCAGCAGAGGAGAGGAGCAGCAGAGCCUGUUUGGUAGAAGCGCCUUAACAAAAACUUGUUAAAAUACAGCUUCUCUAACUUUGACUCCCUGUGUUCAGCUCACUUCUAAUUUACAUGUCGAGCAGCGUCGAGGAGCGCGGAGCUAACAGUUAGCUCAUGUUAGCCUGACAGCUGAAGUUUGGACAGCUGCUUUCUCUCAGUUAGCAUCGCUGAGGAAAGCCAGCUCCAGCUUUUUAAAUGCUGUGAACGAGACCGAGCAGCCCGUCUGGAGUUAGCUCGUCGGCCGCUCGUCUGAGAGAGAAUACAGCAGAAUGACAGACGAUGCUGUCCUGCUGGAUGUACCUGUCAUCCGGCAACUGUACCACUGGGACUGUGGCUUAGCCUGCUCCAGGAUGGUCCUGAAGUACCUCCAUCCAGUCAGUGACGAGGAGUUUCAGAGAGCAUGCUGGGAGCUGAAGCUGACACAGAGUGUGUGGACUAUUGACCUGGCCUACCUCAUGUGCCAUUUAAGAAUCAAACACUGCUUCUGCACGCAGACUCUGGGCGUUGAUAAGGGCUUUAGGAAUCAGUCCUUUUAUAAGAAACAUUUUGACACCGAAGAAGACAGAGUGAAUGAGCUCUUCCUUAAAGCCGAGAGCAAAGGAGUGGUGGUGAAGAAAUGCUCUGUGACAGUUCAGGAAAUCCAGUCUCAUCUGGAGCAGGGCCAUGUUGCCAUAGUGUUGGUCAACGCCGUCAUCUUGACGUGUGAACUCUGCUCCUCGCCUGUCAAAUACUGCUGCUUCCUGCCUGUGGGCCAGAAGUGUUUCUGCAGGAAGCCAGAGUACCAGGGUCACUUUGUGGUGGUGUCCGGGUUUAACAGGACCACUGGCUGUAUUUUCUACAACAACCCUGCAUAUUCUGAUCGUGUGUGCUGCACCAGCGUCAGUAACUUUGAAGAGGCCCGGCAGAGCUAUGGGACAGAUGAAGACAUCCUGUUCAUCUUUAAGGAGAGUUGAUGGACAGCAAUGAUGGAGUUAAAUUUCACUUCCUAAGCUCAUCAUCAUAGGGACACGAUGCUGCAGGUGAAAAGUGUCGGACUAGUGGCUUCUCCUGUUCGCCGUUGUCACAGAUCCUCCCCUCCCCCGGGCCAUCUUCUCCGGUGCUAAAUAAGCCCCAACUGCUCACGUGAAAGACACUCAGCUGCUGAUCCACCACUCCUGUUCCCUCUUAUACAGUUAAUACUGCAGGACCUGUGAAGGAUUAACAUCUUAGAGAUGAUGAGAUGCUGAAACAAAUUCAUUCUGAUCAUCUCCGUGUCAUACAUUUGCUCAUAUAUAUUUGAGCUGAGUAUUUCAGAGGAUGCAAUGUGGGAAUCAUGGCAUAGAAUACAAACUACCACGAGAUAUUGUGCACAUAAUUCAGGGCUCAUGAUGUCAUUUAGUGUGUCCAGUUUUUUUGUGCUGUUCAGUGUUGAAGUCUGAAGCCUCAAAUCCACUUGCCUUUUUUUUUCUUGGAAAAAAAAAAUCUUCUCAGUCACUUUUUAUUCUGAUGAUUCUACCGACAGGGAAUACAGGAAGUCGUGCUUUGUGAGUCUCAGGUAAUUAAAGCCCUAAAGUGUGACAUCAAAUAAAAACGAGUUCACCGUAACACUCCAUAGUGUGUCUAUGGAGCACGGUCUGCACACAGAAGAACACGGACAGUUGACUGACAUACUGAAGCAUCCACUCACCUGUUGCAUCUUCUGUUUUGUUGUUGCCGGGUGGAUGAUUACAGUGUUUGGUUGCUUUGAACAUGUUACAGAAUGAAGGUGUGACGUGGGCUCAGUCUUGUUCUCUGUUGAAACCAGUGAAGACCAGGUGAUUUUUUUUUUUUUUUUUUUUUUCAUUUUGUUAUUACGUACACGUUUUUGCACUAUGCUACUCAGACCGGACACAGUUGUUAUUUAAGAUCAUGUCACCAUGAAAUUACUUUUCUGGAUCCAUGAAAUGUGAUUUCUUCCACAUUUUAAACCACAAACGUUAUUUUUUAAUUCAACAUAGAGCUGCAUUUAUUAUGUUGUGAUUAAAGGAUUUGAACAUA